UCGUUGAAACUUAUUUCACUUUGUCAUUUUGAACAUUAAACAUCGAGCGGCGGUUUGAACUAAAUUAUUAAAAUAUAUUAUAUUAAUAAUAACUACAGCAACAACAGCAACAACAAACAGCAUUUGAAGAACAGUACAAUAAAACUCGGUUAUAAAGUUAACGGGCGGAUUUUGUUUUAAUAUCAUUAUUCCCUAGAAGCUUGUGUCGGUAUACUACUAAAUUGUGGUUGUUAGUGUGUUAAAUUUUUGUUUGAGUACAUAAAAAAGUUGGAAAAAAAACACAAAAUUUAAUCUAAUAUAUAAAAAAAUAAAUUUACAUUUUAUGUUUGUGUAUGUUUGUUAGAAAUAAAAAAAUAAAAAUAAAAAGCAAAUAUUGUUGAGACGAAUAUUCAAAUCAACAACAAACAGCAACACAACGCAAGCAAAAAGAAUAAAUUAAUUUUUAUAUAAAUAAAAAAAUUUAUAAAUUAUUUAUAUUUUAGAAAACAAAUUUACAAACUAAUAGAACGUGCUAAACAUCCGAAAAAAAUAUUAUUCAAGUGUUUAAGCAAACAUAUUUAUUUAAUUGAAUAUUAAAAAAAAUCACACAAAUUACAUAAAUAAAUAGCUGUAAUUGUAAGAAAAAUGUACAAUAUGCAAUAUUUAAUCUUGGCCUCAGCUUUGGUGUUAAUGUUAACCGUACAACAAGGUUCAGCUAUAAAAUGUUUUGUAUGCAACAGUCAUAAAGAUGCAAAUUGUGCAUUGGAUAUGCCACCGGAUAAUCUACUAAAGGACUGUCAAGAGGACUAUUCUUCAAGGGGUCGUGGUAUCUCCACAUAUUGUCGUAAAAUAACACAAAUUAUUGAAUUUUCAGUAAAUAAUUUACCCCCCGAUAGCCGUACCAUACGUACCUGUGGUUUCCAAAAUCAAACUACCAACAAUUUCUGCUAUCAACGUGCCGGCUUUGGUGGCCGCCAAGUUGUGUGCUCCUGUGAUACCGACAAUUGUAAUGCUGCCUCCGGCCUGGGGGUGUCAUCGGUAGCCAUGGCCACAUCAUUAUUUGCUGCUGUAGCUUUAUUGCUGAAAAAGUUUGUUUAAUUUCGUAUAGAUUUUUAUUAAAUUUCAAAUUUUAAUUUUUUAAUUUAAUUAGUGAUUUUUACAAUUGUUAUGAUUUUGAUUUAUAAUAAUUUAUAUUACCACAUACCAUUUGUUAAACAGUUUUUUCCCUCAGCGUUAGUUUUAAGUUGAAAUUUAAUUUUCUUUUCACAAUGCAACAUUUUGAAUUACUAGAGUUAUCUAUGAAAUUUAUCUGAUUUUAAUUGGAUUUUACACAAUUAUAUUUUUAUGAUUUUUUUAUAUAGAUGUUUUAAUACAAAACUUUUGGCUUUAAAAAUGCUCUCAAAGAAAUAUAGGCAUAUGUAUAGAAAAAAUAUAAAGACAAAUCCUUGAUUUGUCUUAAAUUUCUUAAAUUUUAAAAAAUCAAAACUAAAUCCAAAAAAGCUGUUGAAUUCACAACUAUUUGUUUACUUUUGCUUCGUAUUCUUAUGUCAUUCACUCGAAAUUGAUGUCAAACAAACUGUGUGAUUUUACAUAGAAGUAAUGCUGCAGAUUGCAUUGAACUUUAAAGUUUAUAUUAUACCACAAAUACAACUAAUUUUUAAAAUACAUACAAUUAAUUUGUAUAAUAAAAAUUGUUAUAUUAUUAAUUGAAGUUGUAUUUUGUAUGUUUGUUUACUUUUGCUUUGUUUUCUUAUGUCAUGCAGUUGAGAUUGAUAUCUUAAAAGUUGUAUGAUUUUAUGUAUUAAUUUAAUUUGUUUUAAGGAUUUCUUUAAGAAUUCAUAUCAAGUUCAAUAGUCGAUGAUUGGAAAAAAAUCCGAUUCUUAUAGAAUUCAAGUCAAAUACAAAAAUUUCCACUUUUACUAAUUAUAUCACACCAAUUUCUUUCAGAGUAUUUCUAAGCCAAAGAAAUUUUUAUUUUCAAACACCAGCCCCUCCCCCUCUAUAUCUUUUUAACACAAAAAUAAGCUUUAAAUUUAAUAUUUAAAACAAACAAAUUUAAUGAUAAAAAAAAAACAUAAUAAUAAUGUGCUAAAUGUAAAAUCCUACAAAAUGAAAGUACGAAAACAAAAGUAUAAUACAAAUAAUAAUAAAAAACAUUUAAUAAAUUUAAUAUAAAAUGCAAUAAAAUUAUAAAAAUCUCCCUGAAAGUAUUAAUGAAAAUAAGAAUAAACGAAUAAUAUAUUGUAGCCUACCGUAAACCAUUUAUUUAAGUAAAUUUCAAGAUUUUAUUUCGAAAUAAAAAACCAAACAAACAAAACUUUUAAAUUUGUUAUUAAAAUAUAUAAAAAAAUAAAGAAAAAAAAACAUUUUUUUAAAUAAUAAGUUCAAAUCCAAAGAAGAAACAAAACACAGCUAAUACCAAAAAAUAAUUAAAUGAAAUUAAAUGUCCUCUAUGAAAAUUCCAAAUAAAACACAUUUAAUUUCAAAGAAAAUCUUUAGACUAGCAAUUAGAAGAAACGAAAACAAAAGAAAUCAACUGCUUUUUAAAAAAAAACUACAAAAAAACUUUAUAAAAAAAAUAAUUUAGCCUAAAAAUCAACAGUUAUAAAAAUAAAAUACACAUAAAAAUCAACUUCUGUAUUUAACUAAAAUUAAGAAAAUUUUAUAAAUAUUGAGUACUACGAAGAAAAAUCAAAUAAAUUUAUAAAUAAAAUCAUGCAGUUUCACAAAACCUUAUGAGAAAUAAAAAAAUUUACAAAAACAUCUAAAGAUUAACUCAAGUUUUUACAAAAAAAAGAUUUAGUGGCUGGGAUGGCAUUUUUUUGGGCAGUAAAUAUAACAUGAGAGUUCAUAAGUGAAGGUUAAUUUCAAGAUUUAUGGAUAUUCAACCAACCAAGUAUUCAAGUCAAGCUGUAAUAUUGAGGAUUCUUAAGACUGCGUUUUAAAGAAUCGAAUCAUAAGUUUCUUACAUACAAAUCAAGGGUUUUAUGUUUCUUAAAGAGAAAUCGUGGAGUUUUGUAAAGAAUCCCAAAUUUAAGGAAAUAAAGAACUUUAAAAAUUUUGUAUAUCUUUAUUUGCAGUGCUAGAACGAAAAAUGUUCUCGCCAUUUAUGUCAAAGUUUUAUAAAAAUGCCGCCCACCACUACGCUUUAAAUCUAUAAGCAGUCUAUAAAAAUAAAACCUUGCACUUUACACAUCCUUGUUGUAAUUGUUAGGCAAAAACAAAAUCACAUUCAAUAUAAAUAGCAAACCACAUACUAAAAUAACCAUAAUUGGCGAAACAUGUUAAAGUCAUAUUUAAAUACAAAUUAUAAACGCCCCCACACACUCAAAUACACACACACAUUCACUUGUUACUGACCAACUGCCAAUAAAAUGAAACAAAUUAUUAUAAAAACAAAUGAAGCAAAUAUUGUUAAAUAUUGUAAUAAAUAAAAAAAAAUAUUUGAACAACAAAUGCAUAGAGACAUAACACUCACUUAACAUAAAUGGUCCUAAAUGAUCCAUAAAACACCCAUACAUUUAAAGAAGAAAAAGUUUUAAAAUUCAUCUUUGUUUUGUGAGCAUUUUUAAAACUUUGUUUUCAAUAAAGAACAAAAUUUAGCAAAUGAAACUAAUUUUUUUAGUAUCAUUAGAACAAACCCCUCCCCCUUCUCACUCUAUAAUUGUUAAUAGUAGUUUUUUCUCUUAAAAGAAAACGAAAAAAUUAAUAUUUAAAACAUCGCUAUAAAACAGAAAUUAUUGGUCUAAGUAAAAAAACAAGACACUUAACAAAAAUUGCUCGAAGUUAAAAAAAUAAAACCUUCUAAAAUGUCCUUUAAUAUUAAUAUGUAAUUUGUUAACAAAAAAAAACAUAAAUAAUUUAUAAAAAACCAAACAAAAAAAUAUGUAUUUCUUUAGUAAAAAUUGUAAAAGCUGAUAUAAUGUCAUAAAUGGAAAUAUUGAAUAAAAAUUUAAUAAAAAUAAUAAAAAAAAUAUAAAA